CAGUUCCUCUUACUGAAUUCGAUAGAAACGACGUAGUUUCAGCAGUAACUGGCUUUCCUCCUUCAUAUACACCGGUUACCGACCGGCUCAGAGUUUAUCGUUUUCUGUUCAAACUUCAAAGCUUCUGAGUUUUGCUUUAAAGUUGGGAACAACUUUUUCGAAUAAAGUCUGAAUAUUUCCUGCGACAUUUUCAUUCUUCUUAGUAAAAAAAAACAAUCUUUCAUUAAUGGCUCACUAAUUUAUGUUCAUACCCUCUCUUUCUCUUUCUCUUUCUUCUUCUUCUUCUACAUUGAGUUUUGGGUUUUGAAUUAAGCAAUGAAGAAGUCUAAACUCGAUAACUCCGCCUCACAAACCCGGUUCGGUCUUGUUCAGUUCCUACUAGCUCUUCUCCUCUUCUACUUCCUCUGCAUGAGCUUCGAGAUCCCUUUCAUCUUCCGAACCGGGUCUGGUUCUGAUGACGGGUUGCCGACACAGAUGGUUGUUGGAACUAUGGAAGCAAACCGGGCUAUUGUCGGAGAAGAACAAGAAGAAACCCCACAUCGACCUUUCAAGGAUCCGAGUCGGGUAAACCGGGCGGGUCAUAUCCACCGAGAGUUCAAAACCGUCUCUGAAAUCUUCACCAACGAGAGCUUCUUCUACGGCGGCGGAUUCGCCGAUGAGCUCUCCACCUUCCACGAAACCGUGAAGCAUGCGAUCUCAACGGGGAGAAAAAUGUGGGGAAACCUCGAUUCCGGUUUAAUCACCAAACCAAAUCCGGUUAAAAACCGGACGGAGAAAUGUCCGGAUACGGUUUCGGUUACCGGUUCCGAGUUCGUGAACCGGAGCCGGAUCUUGGUUUUGCCGUGCGGGUUAACGCUUGGAUCUCACGUCACCGUCGUGGCGACGCCGCACUGGGCGCACGCCGAGAAGGGUGAUGAUGGUAAGACGACGAUGGUGACUCAGUUCAUGAUGGAGCUGCAGGGGUUGAAGGCGGUGGAGGGUGAAGACCCGCCUCGGAUCCUCCAUUUCAACCCGAGGGUUAGAGGUGACUGGAGCGGGAGGCCAGUGAUAGAGCAGAACACUUGUUAUCGGAUGCAGUGGGGCUCUGCUUUACGUUGCGAUGGUCACGAGUCUACUGAUGAUGAAGAGACUGUUGACGGAGAGGUGAAGUGUGAGGGGUGGAAGAGGGAUGAUGGUGAUGAUGAAACAAAGAAGACAUGGUGGUUGAAUAGGUUUAUGGGACGGAGGAAGAAGAUGUCACAUGAUUGGCCAUACCCUUUUGGAGAAGGGAAGCUCUUUGUUCUUACUCUUCGUGCUGGGAUGGAAGGUUACCACAUCAGCGUUGAUGGAAGACAUAUCACUUCUUUCCCUUACAGAACCGGGUUUGUUCUAGAGGAUGCUACUGGCCUAGCAGUCAAGGGGAACAUUGAUGUGCAUUCUUUAUAUGCUUCCUCUUUACCUUCCACAAACCCGAGUUUCGCUCCUCAGAAGCAUCUCGAGAUGCAGAGCAUGUGGAAAGCUCCUGCGUUGCCUGAGAAGCCUGUGGAGCUGUUCAUCGGGAUUCUCUCAGCUGGUAACCAUUUUGCAGAGAGAAUGGCUGUGAGGAAGUCAUGGAUGCAGCAAAAGCUAGUCAGAUCAUCGAGAGUUGUUGCCCGGUUCUUUGUGGCAUUGCACGCAAGAAAGGAAGUUAAUGUGGAUCUAAAGAAAGAAGCAGAGUACUUUGGUGAUAUUGUCAUAGUACCCUACAUGGAUCAUUAUGACCUUGUGGUGCUCAAGACGGUUGCCAUCUGUGAAUAUGGGGUUAGCACACUGGCGGCAAAGUAUAUUAUGAAAUGUGACGACGAUACGUUUGUGAGAGUAGAUGCUGUGAUACAAGAAGCAGAGAAGGUUAAGGGAAGAGGUAGCCUUUAUAUUGGAAACAUUAACUUCUACCAUAAGCCUCUGCGCACUGGGAAGUGGGCUGUGACAUAUGAGGAAUGGCCAGAAGAGUAUUAUCCUCCAUAUGCAAAUGGUCCGGGUUACAUCUUGUCAUAUGACAUAGCUAAGUUCAUCGUUGAUGAUUUUGAACAUCAGAGAUUAAGAUUGUUCAAGAUGGAGGAUGUGAGCAUGGGAAUGUGGGUGGAGAAGUUCAACGAGACUAGACCAGUGGAGGUGGUUCACAGCCUCAGGUUCUGCCAGUUUGGAUGCAUAGAAGACUACUUCACCGCUCAUUACCAGUCGCCACGGCAGAUGAUUUGCAUGUGGGAUAAGCUGCAGAGACUAGGGAAGCCCCAUUGCUGCAACAUGAGAUGACUUAACAUUGUUUUUGGCCGGAUUCUGGAAUUUUUUCUUAGAAAGCAGAUGGGGGAGUCUAUGGAGCUAACUGUUUUAGAUCUUUGAUUAUGUAUAGAACAAUCUA